AUGAGCACUUUCAGAGAUAGUAUAGCAAGUAUACCUGGAGCAGUGACAAAUUUUAUUAGUGAGAGUGCAUCAACUGCUUCCAGUUACUUGCAAGGCCAAACAACACCCACCAGAUCAACUCCAACGCCUUCAACAUCAACAACUGAAGAGACUAUCAAUAGUUCAAACACAGUUCACAAUGAUAAAUCGCUGCCCAUACCAGCCUCAUUAGUGAAAGAGCAAUGGCGUUUAAUAUUUUCAUCAGAUGCAAAUGCACAAGAUUUGGAAGCAGCAAUUGCUCAUUGUCGAGAUUUAGUAUUAUUAAGCGAAGAAUGUAGUGAUGAACGUCGCUGGUUGGUACGGCAUUUGGUAGACUUACGUUAUGCACUUAAAGAGUUACAAGAAGCGCAAGCUGGUCCAAAUGAAACAUUUUCUACAGUCAAAACUGUAGUGGGACACCAUUUUGUGGUACAUCAACGAACUCGUCGUGCCGUACGCUAUUAUUGUGAUUUUUGUACUGGUAUAAUAUGGAGUGUUGUACAAACGUCUUAUAUCUGCAGUGAUUGCAAUUAUUUGGCACAUCAAAAAUGUGUAGAUAGUGUUAUACGUAUAUGUGCUCAUGUGAUAGCUUCAGAACGUCAGUAUCCAAUUGCUGAAAUAUGUCCCGAAAUCGGUUUAGCGGCUCAACGUUAUAAGUGCGCCGAAUGUGCUACAUUAUUAAAUUUUAAGCAUGCUUGGAUCGAACCACGCCUGUGUGAUUAUAAUGGCUUAUAUUAUUGUCCGCCGUGUCAUUGGAAUGAUAAUAGCAUUAUACCAGCACGAGUUAUACAUAAUUGGGACUUCGCACCACGUAAAGUAUCACGUGCUUCCCUGCAAGAAAUUAAUUUAUUUCUUGACAAACCACUGGUUAAACUAGAAGAGGCAAAUCCAAAAUUAUUUGUUUUCUUGGAGAAGCUAUGUACCAUAAAAAAAAUUCGCCAGAACUUAGUUUAUAUGCGUAAAUAUUUAAUUGAGUGCCGACUGGCAAUGGAGGAAAAACUAAUAGACAAUCAAAUUGGUAUCCGACGUCAUUUAAUACAAUCCAAUGAAUUUUAUUCAAUACACGAUUUAGAAGAAACUGAAAAUGGUACUCUAAUGGAAUUUUUGUCAAAAGUCUUUAACAAUUUUAAUCGCCAUAUACGUAAUUGUUCCAUGUGUACAGCUAAAGCUUAUAUAUGUGAAAUUUGCAGCAAUUGUGAGGUCAUAUAUCCAUUUGAUGAUGGUUGCAUAAUUUGUGAUAAAUGUAAUUCAAUAUAUCACCGAGUUUGUCUGACGCGAAAAAAAAUGUUAUGUCCUAAAUGUAUUAGGUUUCAAAAUCGCAAAAUUCAACUGCAACAAAAUGAAAACGAUAACAAUGAAGAUUAA